AUGAACUCCUAUUUUCGGUGGUACCACAUAGAUGAUGAUUUAUGUGUGGAGUAUGUGGAGAUGAGACUUAGCAAAUAGGCCAAGAUCUUUUGAGAAAAUGAGAGCUAUGCGGCACACUAACGAGGGCAAUUGAUAAGUCUUCAUUAUCAUAAGUUAAUAAUUAGUAAAUAAUAUAAUUUUAGCUUUGACUCAUGAUAAAUAGACUUAUAUUUGUGUUAAAGUGUGAAAAUUGGUUUUUAGUUGAUUAACGUGAAUUUUUGGGUAAUUAUGUGAUUUUCUAUGAUUUUUACAGUCUUAUUUUUGAGAUAAAUAAAGGAAAAGAAAUUCAAAUAAAAAUAUAGCAAAAUGGGGGGACCCGCCAGUCAGCUAGGCCCACAAGCAGGUCAGAAGCGUAGUCGGGGAGUAGUUGUGAGCAAGGGUUCGAGCGGCUUGAACCGAUGGGGGCAUGUGUGCGCCACUUCCCUUCCACGUCACCGAUGGCCAGCCAGCUGUGGGGUAAGAAGUGGUUUAUACAUGAGCGAGAAAGGGACCUUGCUUAGAAAUGUUAUAUUACUACUUGUUCGCCCAAACAUUUGGUGCACAACCGAUGUGGGACUAAACUCGUCACCUUCCUUAGAAGAGGCAAGGCAACUGGCGUGGGUUCGAAUCCUCCUAGAGCUAAAACUCAUAUUUUUAUCUAAUUAUUGUGACUUUUCUGUAGAUCGUCAGUAAAGGAUUAAGCAAUCAGAAUUGCUGGAUCAUCGGUGAAAAUCUCGUCAACGCGAUUUGCAAAGCAUUGUUAUUAAAAUUGCUAAAAGAUUCGCAAUAAAAGGAUGCAAAUCGAUCGAGUAAAUCAUCUCUAAUUGACUAACGAACAAGCCGUCGUCAAGAAGAGGACGAUCCACUUGGAGAUGAGUCGUCACCUCCUGAGAGCAUACUAGAUGCGAUGAAGAGCCUCCUCUUGCUGCGUGGACUUGAGGAUGAAGCUCUCUGACACACACCCCACCUCCAUCCAGCUCGUCUCCGUCGGGUGACAGCCACCAGAGAGCCGCAAAGUCAUUAUUUUUCCACUCCGCCGGGUGACAGCCGCUAGAGACGACUGACGACCCAUUUCAUUAAUCUCUAGACUUCGCGAGAAGAUUUAGAGAUUGUCCACGUUGUCUUUGUCCAAGGAGAGCCUUUGAGGUCAUAGACAUUGCACGACGAUUGUCCCGAAUGCUUAGGAUUCCGGUGCAUCACCAACGCAUCGCUGUCGCAAUGCUAGAACUUUGUUUUCCUACUUUCAACUUACUUUACACUUCAUUUAGUGAUAAUCUUUGUGAUUUUAAUUUACCAAAAUAUAUUUUGUUCUAUUAUGAUUCUUUUCGCUUUUACAGAUCUUAAUUUAAUUAAUUAAAUCAUUUGUAGUUACUUAUGUAAGAAUCACUAGGCAGAACUUUGUUUCUAUCCGAUUCACAUUCGCCGGGUGGUGAUGUCAUCCUGAUGUCUACACCCUUAUUUCCUUUUUUUGUGAAUUUUAAAUAUAUUUCCUUUUCAUUUCUUAGUAUAAAAUUCAUAGAAAAUCAUAUUCAUUGAGAAAAAUUCUGAAUAAUUACCAAAUAUUAUAUUACAUCCUUGUGAUCAGUCUAAAAUAUUAUUACUAUUUUUGGAAGUUUUAUUGAAUUAUAAUUGAUAUAUUUAUUCAGAAAUACUUCUAAAUAUCUGAAAAUUCAUAUUUUCUAAUUUUAUAAAUUUUAAAUUUUUGUGAUUUAAUAUACAACAGCUGAGUCACGUGAGCAACCCAUCACAUCAUGGGUUGAUAUGACAUCACACUUGAGGAACAAGUAUGUUCCUCGACAGUAUGAGUCGAUGUUGUUCCUCAAUUAG